AGACGGGCAGCGCCGCGACAUGAAGAUGACAAGAUUCUAUCUCGUCGAAAGUUUUGAGGGCAAAACAUAUGCCAUUGGAAAUUGAAGUAUAUAAGCGGUGGUUCAGACUUAGGUAGCACACACCUUUUUCAGCUCUGGAGAAGCGGAAAGUGCUUAUAUUAUAACUGUACAUUGUGGUUCAAUUCGGUGGAGAGUUCAGCAUGAAUAAGUACAACUCGACGACGCCUCCUUACCAGACCCUCAGCCCUAACACUAACUUCCACCUUGACAUUGCGCAACAAUACCUUGACUCGGUGGGCUGGAGCGGCUGUGAGGAUACAGACGACAGCUCGGGCUGCGACGGUGACUCACAUUUAGCUCACGCCAAUUGGGGAAAUGUCGCAGACUGUCAGCCUGGUGAAGCCUUUCUGCUCAACAGGGAAAAAAAGAUGUAUGAUGGCUGGGCGUCGUUCCAGCUACAGCCAGCGGAUCUCCUGCCGGCCCAGGCCACGGGCUAUCCUCACGACACUCCUGCUCUGCUGGAUGCCUCUUCACCCUACUGCCACUCACCGGAAGCUGCACUCCUCGACUGGCACCACCAUCCCUCCUCAUCCGAGGAGUGCUCGCUGGACGGAGAAUCUAGGGAGCAUGAGCUAAUCCAUGAUACGUUUGUCCCUAUGAGACAAUGGUCUCCACCGGGUGGGAUGUCGCAGGCAACCCAUGGCCAGCUGGCGGCAGUGGUUGGCGGCACCACAAGCACGAGGACAAGCAGGCGAGGUGCGCCUCACCGCCACACCAGACAGUUCCUCGAAGGAGACGAGAAGAUACGUCGAAAGCGCGACCUUAACAACGAGGCAUCGCAGAUUUACCGCAGAAAUAAGAAGAAUGAAAAGCUGGAAUCACAGACUCACUAUCAAGAAGUUCUGCAGGAAAACCAAAAUCUGCACAAUGAAUACAAUGCACUGGAAGCUCACGCCCACUGGUGUCGGAGGAUGCACAGUGCGUUGCAGUCCUGCCUGCCUUCCAUGCCUCCCGCGCCUCGUCCUGUCUCCCCAUUCCUUCCUUAUGCUGACCAUGACGCCUCCACUCUCACUCACAAUGACACGUGAACACCACCGAUAACCUAUUCAUUCACACAUCUAUUCCAUUAUAUUUACAUUAUUUAUUACAUUCCUUUAGCGUAAUGUUUCAUUGUUAGGUCAGCUCACGAGAAAAGUUACUCUUUCUCACCCUCACGUCAUGUCCAUUGAGGCCCAGGAGUUAAUGGCUGUGAAUCUGUUUUACCGUAAUCAUGUCAUGAAACACAAUACACUCGCUGUUGGCAUUAAAUACGUGUUCUA